AGUUGAACUGAAGGAGCUUAUGGGAGCAUAAAGAUCUGCUGCGCUGUCAUCGCAUCAACAAACAUUCAGAUUUUCCUGAAGCACGACAGACACCCACAUCAGCUCCUCCUCCAGCUCCUCCCCCCUCCGUUUCAUCCGUCUCCUCCACCUCCUCCACCUCCUCUUUCGCGUGUUGCUCGGGGCUCUGAAGCAGCAUGAGAGGUCCAUCUACGAGGGAAUGUCAUGCAGCAGCAGCAGCAGCUCAAUCGGCAUCCGAGCAGCAGUGAGGUGACAAAAAGUGAUUCAUCCUUGAGGAUCAACACUUUGUCUCCACUUUAAUUCCAGCUGGAGAAACUUUACGACCGACUCUCCAAAAUACAGAUCUGGAGAGGGCAUGGUCGGUGAACUGUGAUUACUGCUCCCAGGAACCAGAAGUCCUUCUUGGCAAUUUGUGUUUUUCGGGCGAGAGAUCUGGGCAGAGGCUUCGAAGAACCUCGACUGGUUUUGUCACGCAGAUACUCAACAGCUGUUGCUUUUGCCACCUCGACUUAAAGAGGAAAAAAAAAAAAAAAGCUGCAGGAUGCAGAACUCAUAUGAUCCUGACAAACUUGUUUGCAUAAAAGUGCUCUGUUCUUAGCAACUGGUGAGGAUGCGAGAUGGCGUGGCGACCUACCUGUAUUUGAUAAGUGUGUUUUUCACCUCGUUGGAGAGGAGAGCGCAGAGGGAGAAAGUGUGCAGGAGCGAGCAGGGGAGGGGAGAGCCAGCCGGGAAAGGUGCGAGGCAAACGCUUUGAGAGGAGAAAUGACUCGCACCGCGGGGAGAAGAGACUGAGCGACCGCUGCCAGACAGGAGGAGGAGGGAGGGGGAAAAAAAUAAUAAGAUCUGGUCAAACGCCCAUUUUGUUCUGGAGCGCCGCGGCUGCCAACUCGUCUUGAUGGGGACUCAAAGAGGAGACUGACUACUACUAAGGAAAAACUAAUAACAGAAGASAAUGGAUGUCCACAACAGCACUUUAGGCAAUGGGACAGUUCCCUACAGCCUCUUGGAGGUCAUAGCCAUCGCUACWGUGUCAGCCAUCGUCAGUCUGAUAACYAUAGUUGGAAAYGUACUGGUGUUGCUCUCAUUCAAAGUAAAUAGCCAGCUUAAGACCGUAAACAACUACUACCUGCUUAGUUUGGCCUUUGCUGACCUCAUCAUAGGAGUGCUGUCCAUGAACUUGUACACCAUGUAUAUACUGAUGGACAAGUGGCCCUUGGGGAACAUUGCCUGUGACCUCUGGCUGGCAGUGGAUUAUGUGGCCAGCAAUGCCUCAGUCAUGAACUUGCUUGUGAUCAGCUUUGACAGAUACUUCUCCAUCACAAGGCCACUGACUUACAGGGCAAAGAGGACACCGAAGAGAGCCGCCAUUAUGAUUGGGCUAGCUUGGCUGGUGUCUUUUGUCCUUUGGGCGCCACCCAUUCUAUGCUGGCAGUACUUUGUAGGAAGGAGAACAGUUUCUCCCGACAAGUGCGAAAUCCAGUUUUUAACGGAGCCCGUGAUCACGUUUGGAACGGCAAUUGCUGCUUUCUACAUCCCGGUCUCAAUUAUGACCAUCCUCUACUGGAGGAUCUACAAGGAGACGCAGAAACGGACAAAAGACCUUGCAGAGCUUCAAGGACUCACAACUGGGAAUGUCCCAGAGGGGAAUAAACCACAGAAGGCAAUGAUUCGGUCUUGUUUUCAUUUCCCCAGAGAGAGAAGAGACCAGAGUCAGGCCUCCUGGUCUUCGUCUACUCAAAGUAACGUUACUAAAAUGACCAGCAGGUCAGAUGACGCAUGGGUGACAGCAAAUCAGACCACUUCUUUCAACAGCUACACAUCAUCAGAGGAGGAGGAGCAUCGGGUUUCAAUAGAAACCCCACAAGGAUCAUUCAAAGAGCAGCAGACGGGACAGAGUAAUAAGAACGGGGAGGUUCCAGAUUAUCCAGAGGAGGAGUUUUGUUCCACUCCUCAGAAGAAGAGCCAUAAAAGCUUAAUUUCUUACAAGUUCAAAGGUAGCUCAAAGGGUAAAAAUGACAAUCCACCGAGUCCAAAACCGUGCCCUCCAGAGCCAGAGCAGCCGGUCAAAAAGCCGUCCACCUCUUCAUCCUCCACCGCUUCUAAGCCCAUAGACUCCGCCAUGAAGAACAGGAUCACCAAGAGGAAGAGGAUGGUGCUUGUGAAGGAGAAGAAGGCCGCCCAAACCCUCAGYGCCAUCCUCCUGGCCUUCAUUCUCACAUGGACACCGUACAACAUCAUGGUGCUCAUCUCCGCUUUCUGCUCCAACUGCAUCCCUGAGUCCCUUUGGCACUUGGGCUACUGGCUGUGCUACGUCAAUAGCACCGUCAACCCGAUGUGCUACGCUCUGUGCAACAAGACCUUCCAGAAGACCUUCCGCAUGCUCCUGCUCUGCCAGUGGAGGAAGAGGAGGCGAGGCAACAAUAAGAUGAACUGAUGUGGUGGUUAAUGCGUUCUAUCCCCACAUGACGUUGAUAUUUGUUGAUAUUUGCUGAUAUUUGCUAGUAUUCAUUUGAAGUGUGGUGGUUUUUGUAUUUAUUAUAUGUUGGUAGAAAAUGAGAAAAAGUCAAAAUGACUGGAAGGAAAGUUUACUCAGCAUAUUAAAGUAGAUAAGCACCCAACUGUAGUAAAAGAUGAAUUUAUUUGAAGGCUAUUUGCACAUCUUUUUUCAGUAGAUGGGCAUAUUUAGAAGGAGUUAAAGGCUUUACAAAAGUUACCCUGAAUGAACAUACCUCGGAUUUUCAAACACUUUUGUAUAAAAGAGCCGAUGUGAACGCAUGAAGGAACCAAAACCUUUCUUGAAACGGAUUGAUGAUGCCUCCAAACCUCAGAAUGAAGAAUCUGUACUUUGUGUACCAUGGUGGUUAAUGAUGCUGCCACUAUUCACAGCAAGAAAAACGGAUUAAACAAGGAUAAUUCAGUGUAUUUUUUCUAGGUGUUGUCUUCAAUCUGUGUUUCUGGGCCCAGCAUAAGUUACAGAAGUGCAAAAAGCUURAAGUGCUCGUUAAUGACAGCUGUUAAUGUCAUUGUAUUUGUUGCAUUGUACUGAUCUUUUUCAAUGCUGAUUCAGAUACACAGGUUGAUUUGAGAAGAUGUCAUUUUUUUGGUGACGUAUCUGAAAAAUCUCCUUAUUUUUCAUCCCGCCACAUUCAUUUGCGCUUUCUUAGUACGAGAUUACCCAUCAUUCACUUGCUUAUUGCUGCUAACGCUGCUUGCAUUUCCAGUAUUUCUUUUCUUGUUGGUUCUUGAUGUGAUUUAUCUGGAAAAGUAUUUUGUUUUGAGACUCACAACUCAGCUGUUAGUUAAGUCUUCUGAAUAAAAUUCCAACUAUGAYUAUAACAACAAUGGGAUGUUAGGUAUCUGUGAUUGUGACUUUUCAAAAAAAGAAACAAAAAGUUGAGUUCAGUCACGUUUUCUCAACUYAAGAUUGAAGAAAAUAAACUUUGUGAAUUUAAAUAUGUCAAAAAUUGCAAAUAAUUUUGCUAUAGUUCUCAAAGGUGUGCMAAACCCAGCCAGGUUUUGGGAUAUGAAACCAAAAUAAAGCUUUUUUGACUUUAUUUUAUAUGAAAAAUCCUGUACAAUUCAACUUUAAAGCAACUUAAUAUUUUAAAAAUGAAAGUGGCAUUCACUAAUCCUAAAAGAAACUCUUAUUUCAGCWGUUAAUUUUAUCCACAACAAAACAUUUUUUUCAGUAUGAAUAAAGGCAACCCCAGAGCAUGAUGCUGCCAMCACCAUGCUUCACUGAGAUGUUUCGUUCCUGAUUUGUGUACCUUUUCAAUUUGUGCCCCAGAUGUUUAUUUUCUGGUUUCAUCAGACCAGAAAACAUUCUUCCAUCAAGUUUUAGGAGAUUUUAUCCAGGCCUCGAUGAAAUCUCAAAAGAAAAAGAUUUCGUCAUGGAAUCCUAUUCAUAAAUCCAGACUUGUAGAGAAUAAAGUAGACUGUUGCCCCACUAUACACAAAGAACAUUUCACAGAAAUUCAUUCAGCUCCUUCACUGUUUCUCGUCUUUUAAGUAAUUUUGGAGAAUAUUCUGGAUGACUGAGAAGACUUUCUCARAGUGGUGAAUGAUUUCUGCGUUGAUUCAGUCGUAUGUUUAGGAUAAUCAGCCAGUUGAAAUGAAGCCCUACUACUUUCACGUUUCUGGCAGAGGCUACAAUAUUUAUUUCUUUGGAAGCGAAAGAGGCCCAAAGCAUCAUGGAUCCUCCACUGUACUCAACAGUAAACAUGUUUAUUUGCCAGAUGUUCAUAAUUUGUUUUAUGCUAUAUCAAACUCGUUUUCAUUUCAGGCCACAUCAAGAUCAAGAAUGUCUUUAAAUUAAAAUUAGAAUAUAAAAACACUGAUCUGUAACAACCUGACUUUAGUGAGCAGCAAUAUKGACUUGUGUUUAUACAUGUACAAAAUAUAGAUAGCAGUAGUGUUUGUUUAUUCUGCAGUUUCAUCAAUUACAGUGUUAAAACAGGGAGAUUGACUUUGAACAAUAGACAUUGUUACUGUUUAUUUAUAAUUUAUAUGCUUAACUGUUUAAAUUUCCCAAUCUAAAAUUUUAUUUUAUACUGUUCUGUAAGGUUUUUGUACAAGAUGCACAUCAGUUUUAAUGUUAAACUCUUUAUAUGCAUUCAAAAUGACUGUUGCUAAGUUUUAGAGAAAUGCUCCAUUCCUCAACCGAACAUACAGUAAAUAACACUGAAUCUGGUUAAUUAUGUAUAAAGAUAUUUACCAGAAUAUGCCAAGUUUCACACCCGUGAUUAAAUGUAAAUUUCGUACACUGUUUGGGUUUGGUGAUGUUUUCUUCCAUUCUGCUUCUGGCUUUUGGGAACUUAUCUUGUGUUUAAGGGCUAACUUGUGCAUUUUGUGAAUUUUAAAAAGCAGUAGUUGAACAGUAAUGUACAUGUGAGAUUAUUUAAGGAUAACAUCCCUACCAGUAUCCAUCAUGUAAAAAAGACUUUAUAUGUUUGAAUGAUGACUUUGUAUUGACCCUUUGCAACUACGUCACUAAAUUAUUCGAGGCGCCAUGAUGGACGGCGGAAGUGAGCGUUAAACACAGCGACUGAAAUUGGUUUCCAAAGUUGUUUUUGCCAGUUUAUUCAUGGCUUCUACUURUUCAAGUUCAGCUAAUUUAUCUGUGAAUGUAACACACCUGAUUGGGAAUCAUAGACGGAGAUAUUUACAGAAGUUGGAAGCAGCUAGCUUAGAAACCGACCCAAACCUCCUCCCUCCUGACGUGUUGAUCAAAUUACCGACUCUGCCUGAAUUCACACCACAUGAUUUAUGUGAUUAUGUCAUAAACGGCGAUUCCCCUUUACACAGAGGAAGCCUUAAAAAGGUAGAAAAGACAAGAUGCUAACCACUUCUUUCCAUACAUGCUAGCCUACAUGAUGAUGCGGCAUUGUCUCCAUGGUUACACGUACAUAAUGCAAUAUUGAAUAUCAUCUUUCUAAUCAUACUUACAUAUGAAGUUCAUCAAAKUUCUUAACUUSUAAAAAGUGUUCGUUGGAAAUCCGCGGUUACACCGAGGGCUGACAGUCAUUAUGAUUAACAGCUGCUCUCCACCACAGCCGUAUCUUUCCUCAUUAAAAGUUACAAAAUAAAAUGACAAGUUUGGUUUUCACCCAYGUCUGUUUGCGCAGCCGAAUGCGCAGCACGGUGUGGCCAUUUUUACUGCGAAAUCGACUUAAUAAAAGUGAUAUUAGGCCCCCAGAUGUGCGUUUYUUACAUGAGCGCAUUGGUUGUUUUGACGUCCGUCAUGGCGGAGCGGAAAGAGUUCUGAAKACCGUGACGUCACGCGCAAAGGGUCGAUACUGCUCCAACUGUAAAUCUGUCCCUGUUGAAUUUAGUUAUAAACUCUGUGCCUUUUGUUUUGUUUAUAUUUGUGACUGAAUCUGUGCUGCUCUGAACUUUUACACUUACAAUCCAAAUAAACGCAGAAAGAAACAAAGUCAGACGGACGUUCAUAAAGACUCAGCAGCGUGAAAGUCACGUUCUUUAUUUCGGUCAUUCUUUUUCCAGGUGGGAAAAUAUUAUAGUUGGGGUCAAAAUUAUUCGCAUCCCUCGCAGAUUUAGAUUUYAAGUCAGUUUUAUUCAACCAAGAACUAAAUAAGUCGGGCAUCUUUAAAAAUACAAUAUUUUUGAAAAACGAUGUUCUAUUUUUUAAUUGAAAUAGCAUGUCAAAAAAUAUUUAUAAUCUCCUCCAAGGUUGGGCAAUAUGGCCGAAAAAACGUAUAAAAAUAAAAUGAAUGAAUGAAUGAAUGCUUUUUUGUUAUUGUACCAAAUCUUAAAAUUUAUUUCAGUACAAGAUCCAAAGACGAUAGAUAAAAACGGGAGACAGGGUGCAUUUUAUAUCAGUUCAUAUCAAAAAUUACUGAUUAGUUUUUGUUUAAAAUAUCCCAAAUACACAUAACUGCUUAAAAAAACAACAAAUAGGGGUGAAAGGAGAAAAUUAAAGCAACUCAUGAAGAAAUUGCAGAUAAAAGAGAAAAGGUCACAUCAUUAGUCUAGCAGUAUUUUGGAUAUUUAAUACAAAAGUCUAACCAAUAAUUAUCAAUGUCGACUGAUGGGAAAUGCUUAUAUUGUGAUGUUUUUCAGCCAUAUAACCACUUGCGUACAAGUUGUUUUCCCCCAACCACAUGUUAGUACUUAAAAAAAGAUUAUAUAUAUAUAUCAUUUUUGCAUUUUAAAUAAAUAAAAAUAACUUUUAUAAAUCUAUUUUACUCAGUACUCCUCAAGUAAAAGUGUUUGCUUCACUUGGUUCAAAUUCUGUAAUUGCUAUUCAAUUAUUAAUCAAUUAAUCACAACAUUGAAAGUAUUUUUUUUUUUUGCAGUAGAAGCAUCCUUUGCUACAAAUUAUCAAGCGUAUAUUAAAGAAAUGCUAUGCUGUUGCAUUUUGGGCAAGAAAAUGUUUAUUUUCUUACUUAACCGUUACGUGCGUUACGCCCUAGUAGAAAAGAUGUGGAAAAUCUUAAAUAUCAAGAAAUAAGGACAUUUUACACAAACAACCUAGUUAAUGAUUUUAAUAUUGAUUUUACUUCCCACUUUAUUAAAAAGCAAAAUCAGCCACACCUCCAUUACUCUUUAACUGCCAACCGCCGUUGCUUUAAUUUACACACCUCAGGCACAUUAUGUACAGUAUGUAAGCAUACAGUGCACUAUAAUAAUUCAUAGAAUGAGGUCAAGUGUUUACUCCCAAACAAAUCAAAUCUUCUCAAAUAAAAAAAAGGUUAUAUAGCAUUUUAAUUUAUUUAUCUAUACUUUUAAAUAAGAACUCAUCUUAAAAUUUCAAUUUCAUUCACAGUCGGAUUACCAAAACGUUCCAGGAAAAGAAAAACUCUGAAUAAGUAUAUAGGCUUUUUUUUUUUUUU